AUGCCAGGGCAGCGGCAGGCGGCCCGCGCGGGGGACGCGGAGCCGGACAACAUGGUCAAGAUCAACGUCUACGACCUCACGGACAACCGCGCGCUGCACCCGUUCGGGCUGGGUAUCUACCACUCGGGCGUUGUGCUGUACGGCGUUGAGUUUGCGUUUGGCGGCCACGAGGGCCCCGGCACGGGGGUGUUCGCGAUGCAGCCGGGGAACUGUCCGGGCCCGGUGCAGCUGCGGCAGACGAUCAAGGUCGGGCGCACGAAGCUGUCGCCGCAGGAGGUGGAGCGCGUCCUGCUGGAGUUCGCCAGCCGCUACUCGGGACGGUCCUACCACCUCCUGACGCGCAACUGCAACCACUUCUCCCAGGAGUUCGCGAAGGCUCUGACGGGCAAGCGGGCGCCUGGCUGGCUGAACCGGCUCGCGAACCUCGCGAAGACCUUCCACUGCCUGCUGCCGGGGUCGUGGGUGCCGCCUCUCGAGACGCCUGCAGGGGGCGGCGUCACGGCUGGCAGCACGGGCAUGGCCGCGCGCGGGAGAGGGCCAGCCGGCGCGCAGCAGGGGCCUGUGCCGCACCCGGGCGCGGGAGAUGACGAGAUGGUGACGCGAACAGAUAGCAUCGCCCUCGCCCUCGUGCACGGGCAGGUGCGGCGGUAG